AUGCGCGAUCCCGUCCGCGUAGCGCGGAGCGGCCGAUGUCUAAUCGGUAUACGCGAGCAAAGAAGAACACCAGCCGUUCAAUAUGCGCGGACCAGAGGCCUCGCGACAGCAGCGAUCCCCAGCUUUCUCGUGCCACCAAUGAUGUUCGUCGGGCUCUUGGUCGGUCUCUGGACCUGGAAAUGCUUCUGGAUUAUCGCCAUGCAAAAUAAGCUGCUCUACCUCACCUGGCUACCGCCGUUUACAAGGUCAGAGGUUAUAUCGGACUACGAGGCCGAGUGCAAGCCUGUGCGAUGGGAGGAGAAGCAAAUUCGCAGCUUGGACGGGACUAAGUUGGCGAUUUGUCAGGGGCGUAUCUCAGUGCCGCGCAACGAGGGCAAGUCCCCGACAAGCCGCAAUGCCGUCCAUGAAUAUCAGGGAUCCGACCGGAACCGCAAGAAGUCUGUCGUUAUCUGCUAUUUUCAGGGAAACGGCGGGUCAACGCCGAUGCGACUACCUCUGCUCUCUCAGGUCCUGCGAUCAAUUUCUGAUGCGUCAAAAUCUUCAAACUCGCCUCACAAGUCCAGAGAUACCGAACACACAAUUGUCGCACUGUCUUAUCGUGGCUAUUGGAAAUCGUCCGGCCGAGCCACGCAAUCAGGCCUUGAAAAAGAUGCCCACGCUUGCUUACAGUGGGUAUCAGAAACAUACGGAGGCCCGCAGACAGAUCUCGAACUUGUCAUUUGGGGACACAGCUUAGGUGCCGCAGUCGCAACGGCAGCAGUUCCCACGUAUAUUGCGCACCAAGAAAAAUGGGAUGGAACGCGCAAUGAGCGGUCCCUGGCUCCUAUCACCAGAGUGAUUCUGGAGGCGCCUACCUCGAGCAUCAAGGACAUGCUCAUCAGCCUCUAUCCCCAGAAGUGGCUUCCAUAUCGGUAUCUCUGGCCCUUUUCCUGGAACAAUUGGGACAUCAAGGGGAGUCUUCGAAAACUGGCUACAUGGCGAGAUCAGGAUGCGGACCAAUACAAAACAGCACCAAGAUCAGACAUGAUUCCGCCAAUAUUCCUUCUAUCCGCUGAAAAGGAUGAGGUCAUUCCAUCUUAUGUCCCAGGCCAGAUACAAGAGCAAGCCAAAGCUCUAGGUUUGGUCCUUGAAACCAAAAGCGUCCCGGGUGCGAUGCACACCGAGGCCCCACUGAAGCUGGAUGGCAGAAAGGCUUUGGUUGGGUUUAUAUUAGAUGGACCGUCUGUUGUCCAGAAGACACCACGAUGA